UGGCUGUUUACCACAGUGAAAUCAAUAUGCUGCGAAUAUUCGUAGAUAUUGCGAGUUUUCCGCAUUGGUUUGGGGGAGCCUUUACUGAUCUCGCAGAUCCUCUAGUUCUGUUUUUACGUUCGCUCAGUAUAUUUUACCUGUAAAAUACAGCUGAUGAGCUGUUGUACCUGUUACGUUGCUAGUGGCAGAGUAAAUGUUGAAUUUGAUUGUUGAACAAAUGCAGAGUCGGUCAUGCUUGGGUACGUAUAUUUGUUUUGUUCUUUGGUAUUCAGUCUGUGAUUGAAUACGGGCCAAUGUCAGUGCGGUUGUGUUGUGGUUAGAAUCUGGAUCAUUAUUUUAAAUACCCACAUUUUUUAAAGUAUCAUAUACAUAUAUUAUGAUUCAGUUAAUUGUGGUGAAUGUGAGAGUUGAUGAUAUAACCUAAACAACAUACAACGCGGAGUCAGAAUUAUUUUUGGGAUAUCUUUUCCGGUGAAGGAACUCUGUGCAUUUAAGUACAUAUCUUUGACGUAAGUUUGCAUUUCCAGAUAAUAUUAAAGUUUCAGGAGGUUGAAUAUGUUGAGCAUCACAACACUGAUUUUGCUGCUUGCUGUUUGUAACGGAGUAUGGGGACAAGGAAAAGCUGUUGAAGAUCUUAUUAAAGAAGUAUUUACCAGGCCUACAUCAGAACCAUCUCCUGCUACACCAGUGCCCAAUUUGCAGCCUAACAAUAGAGACACCGAUGGCGGAGUAGUGACAGGACCCGACGGCUGUGUCUGCGUAAACUAUUACUUGUGCUCGUCCAAUGGAACUAUCAACACAAAUGGAGAAGGAAUUAUUGACAUUAGGAUACAAGAUAGCCCGUGCUCCACCUAUCUGGAGGUUUGCUGCGAUAAGGCCGAUGUACGCCAACCUGACAACCCCAUAACACCUAAACCGAAACCUCAAGCACCCAAAGGCUGUGGCGUACGGAACCCAGAUGGUGCAGGAUUCCGGAUCACAGGGGACAAAGACCAUGAGACGCAGUUUGGCGAAUUUCCAUGGAUGGUGGCUGUUCUCAAACAAGAAACUAUUGACGGAAAUCCACAAAAAUUAAACAUUUAUCAGUGUGGAGGAGCACUGAUACACCCUCAGGUGGUAUUGACAGCAGCUCACUGUGUGGCUGGCAAAGAUCGCACCUUUACGAUUCGGGCUGGAGAAUGGGAUACCCAGAACACAAAGGAGCUCUACCCCCACCAAGAUAGAGAAGUGAAACAUAUCCAGAUCCAUCCUCAGUUUUAUUCAGGAGCGUUGUAUAAUGACAUUGCUUUGUUAUUCUUGGAGUCCCCAGUAGAGAUGCAGCCCCACAUUGGAGUCGUCUGUUUGCCACCUCAAGGAGAUGUUGUCCAGUCUGGAAGGUGUGUUGCUACUGGUUGGGGAAAAGACGUUUUCGGCAAGAAAGGAAAAUACCAGGUCAUCAUGAAGAAGAUUGACUUACCUGUAGUGCCUAACAGUGAAUGUCAAAAUAAGCUACGACAGACCAGAUUGGGAAAAUAUUUCGAGCUACACAAAAGCUUUAUGUGUGCUGGAGGUGAACCUGGUAGAGACACUUGCAAAGGAGAUGGAGGCAGUCCAUUAGUUUGUCCAAUAGGAGGUCGUGGAGACCGCUACUUCCAGGCUGGCAUAGUUGCUUGGGGCAUCGGUUGUGGAGAAAAUGGAGUACCUGCUGUAUAUGGUAACGUGGCCAUGUUUAGAAACUGGAUUGACGAACAACUGAGGAUUAAGAACAUCGAUCCAUCGUCAUACCAAUCUUGAGACUGUUCGUAUCAAUGAGAGUUGCUGUGUCAAGUCCUAGAUCUGUUUUAACUACGAUAAUAUUUAAUACCAUGAAAUUGAUUACCGAUGAAUGUUGCUAAAAAUAGCUAUUCCCCAAAUUCGCAUAUGAUAUACACUACACUUCUGGAGGUGUGGUGUUUACACCUUAAAUAAAGCUUCUAAGCACGUACCAAGUUUUCAGAUUAAUAAUUGUUCUCAAAAAAGUCAAACUUUAAUUUCACUUACAAAUAUUAUUGCUACAGAGCGCUACCUGCAGAUCUAGAACUCAAGCUUUGCAACGCCGAAAAUAUUUGCCGUUUGCCAUAAAAAGCCCUAUUUUGGCACUGUUUAUAAACGAGAGUUACGGUACGAUUUGUGCUUGUGUGUAUAUAGCUUUACGCAAUUACUAAUUAGAAAGUGCAGGAUUUGAGCCUUCUUCUGUUAAGGAAGUUGUAACCGUGAAAUAAUUGUAAUAAAUUGUAUUCUUAAGAUCAAGUUAUGUAAAAGAACAUUAUAGUUUUGUUAUUGUAAUAUAUUUUAUUAUGUGUAUUUUU